UGUAUUGUCACGGGAUGCAUUAAUGUUGUUUGUUUCCCGUCUUUCGAUUUUCCGGCCGGCUGUGUUGUUAAAAUAUAACUGAUUCUUAGUCCACCCACCAGUCGAUUAAAACAUGAUGUAUGCAGCAAGCCUGCUUUUGCUCCUUUGCGUCUCUGCCAUUGAAUCCACUCACGGGUGCAAACGGACUUUAUAUAGGCAACAGCGGUGGGAACUAACGAAAGGUUGCGGUUGGUUGUGGAAGAAGAGGUGUCACGUGAGAUAUUUUUACAAGCAGGCAUCGUAUGAAGUUUGCUGUGACGGCUAUGGAGGAGACAAUUGUGAUUACUAUGUUUGCGGCGGAAGAACCAACCCAAAUGGAGCAUGUCACACUGACAUCCCCAGUGGUCGGCUGAUCAGGAAGGAUGGGUCGAGUGUAACCUCAAGCGAAGGAAGCUGCUCAUCCCCCGGCGUGUGCAAUUGUAACAAAGGGUUUUACUCAUUUUAUGGUCUUUGCAAUUUGUGUCCAGACAUUAGGAACUGUGACUACGAGGAAUGCACGAAUCAUUAUGAUACGACAUGUUCUAUUUGUGACGGCACCCAUGGACCUGAAACUUGCCGCGGCUGCAAUGCAUUCAGAAGGAGCCCCAGUAAAACGAGUUGCAUUGAGCAAUGUUCGUGGCGCUUAACCAGCACACCCUGUUGGCCAGGCCAGUGUGGAUAUAUGGGAUAUAAGAACGAUUGUAAAUGUCAUGAAGGGUUCGGAGGAGAGAAAUGCUUCACAAUUACGAAGCCGCCGAGUAUUUUACAGGCGGGCGUGAAACUAAGCCAGGGCAUGGGAGGUGGCCACUACCGUACGUUAGUUCAUAACGAUCCAAACGAGGUAAAACAAGCCAGAGUUUACUGGACUAACGCGGAGGCAUCACGUAUCAGUGUUGACUCAAAGGCACAGUGGAAGACAAAGUUGCCUCUGAAACCAAGAUACAUCAGUUCUGACAAUCGAAAAACUGAUAUCUCACUCGGAGCAAAUAUGAAGAUAAUAUAUCGCCAAGCUGCUGGAACAGGGAAUACGACCCAAUAUGAUUGCACAUCCUCCCCAUCACCGAAUGAAGCAAGUUGCAGCGAAGAGGUGGAUUUGAGCGAACGAGUAAAGGCACAUGGAAGAAGUAUUACGACUGAGAUAGAUUAUAUUCUUAGUGGAUUUGUAACUAUUAUCAACCAAGAUACUCGCCAGGAAACAAAGCACAACUUCAUCAGUGCCACUUCGAGAUUCGUGCUAACAUUUAGAUGGGACCUCCUCAAGCCGUAUGCUAGUCACCCACGCCAUCUUACGCUAUCAACGGAAAAAGCCGAAUCGGCUAAUGAAAGCAUAACCGCAUAUUGGAAUGGCUGGAGGGACGACGAUUCUGGACUCGAUAAUGUAACUGUUGGCAUCAAUCGCCUUGUCACUACGGGUGACAGUCUACAAGAUCCAUGUGGGGGGUCUGACGGCUUUGAAACCAUGCCAUAUAACAAUGGACACCACACGUUUAAUGUGUCUAAACCUGGAGUCUACUCUGUCGUUCUCACGGUGUCGGAUAAGGCCGGCAACCACGAGAGAGCAAGGGCAUUCUUUACCUACGAUCCUGACUCGACCAUCACUAUCAAAAAUGGAACAAGCAUCAAAAUCAAAGGCGCUGUCAACAACGCAGCAAUUAAUUGGCUGAAUGACUUGCACAAGCCAAUCAUCAUGACAUACAGUAAAGGCCGUUAUAUCAACCUGAACUACGCUCAUGGGAAAUGGCUUGGAGGGAUUCAGAAAUGCUAUGGUAUGAAUGACACAUACGAUGAAGCCACUGGUACAAGAACUACAGCACCAAUCACCAAUAACCAAGGCGUUGUGAAAAUGGAGAUAGGCUACGCGUUAUUGAACCAACCCAACAUCCCCAUCCGAUACAGUGAUGUCGACAUCUUUUCAACAAAGGCAUCUUUCAACAUGUCAAGGGCCGAUGGUGACUUUAUUAAAUUCUCCAUCAAGGUGACAGAUUACAUGGACAGAUUUUUAGUUGAAAAUGUAAUUGUGGGGACGGACUCUACUCCACCAGUAAUCAACGACUUAUGGCUGACGAGGGAAGGCUCGGGAAGACUGGCCGUGCACAACUCAGAUGACCUCCAAUCUAUGAUCUUUGAAUGGGAGGCUUAUGACUUUCAUUCUGGGUUGAGAGAAAUAUCGUGGUGCAUCUAUGAUAACCAAACCGACCCAAAGGGAAUAAUUCACCAUGGCAAUCAGAGCGUUGGACACCAGGGGCUGCAUGAGACCCUGGCCACUUGCAAGAGUGAAUAUGCUAAUACAAGACACGGACCAGAUUGCUACUGCGUCGCAUAUCUUGGCUGUUUUCAUAAGGACUUCGAAUUCAAACCGUUCGUCUCUGCCAACAACGGCCUCCAUCCGAACCGUACAAAAGGGCAGCACAACGGAGACUAUUUCGUAGAGAUCACGGCGAAGAAUUGGGCCAUGUUGGAGUCGAAAGUUACCAUAAAGGUAACUAUUGACGCAUCUCCUCCAAGGCCUGGUGCCGUCGUUGAUGGGAUGUCGGGUGAGCCUGAUGUUGACUACCAGAGUAGCCGGUUUCUAACUGCUCACUGGAAGGGCUUCUUUGACCAUGAGAGCGGAAUUGCCUACUACCAAUUUAUCUGGGGUACCAGCUGUGCUAAUGCUAGUGUUUUCGGCAUAUCCUACGACAAUUCAAAGGUCAAGAAAACUACAAGGGGUAUCACGAGAUGGAUUGCACCAGCCGGCGGACGGUAUUUCAUCACGGUGGUCGCCUUCAAUAUUGCCUUAGACCAUUCUAUACCUGUGUGUUCCGAUGGCGUCAUAGUUGAUGAGACAGGCCCGGUUUUCGGUGAACUCACUGUCGAAAACACCAAAACUAUACCAGGCCUUGUCAAAGAAAAUGGAACUGUGUACUUUGUUGGAGUUGAUAGGAAGAAGAUACGGAUAAGGAACCCAUCGAAGUUGUGCAUCACCAAUGCCACAAAUACUACUGACAUCACAAUCUACCCAGACUCAACGUUUUCGAAUGGGACGAUAAAGACCGAAGGUACAGACUUCUGCGAGGCAAAACACCCAAUGUCAUUAACAUCGUCUACGCCAUUAACAAAGGAUCGUUAUAUAUCGGUGAAUUGGACAGCGUCUGAUGGAGAGAGUGGGAUCGACGGUUACCAAUUCGGAUUGAUGACGAACCCCAAUGAAAGUCAGGCCCCGGAUAUACUUCCAUUCGAACAAACCAACUUUGGCAAUGUCGGCCACCACAAGCGGCAUCACCCCGGUCUUAGCGCCGGUAGAGAGUUUUAUAUUAUUCUAAAAGCAAAGAACAAAGCAAUGUUGAUAACCACAAAGGUGUUUGGUCCAUUUGUGGUUGAGGUUACACCCCCGAAAUUCAAUGGGAAGAUCAUGGUUCGCGCCGUACAGGGGGAACUUGUACCAGAAUGGCACCCCAUGGACUUCACUGAUGGUGAAUCAGCUGGUCCCCACAAGUACGAAGUUGCGCUUGGCACCGUUCGAGGUGGAACAGACGUUGUUCCAUGGUCUUCGUUAUCACCAGGAGCAGGUUGUCAGUUAACUUCACCGCCAGGCUGUAGCCACAUCAACAUGAAGUCAGGCUCCAGGCAACUACAUUCUGGUGACAGUUAUUACGUAUCAAUCAAAGCUACCAACUUUGCUGGACUAUCCGUUGUCGCAACAUCUGAUGUCGUACAACAUUUCAGUGAUCCACCUGCGAAGGGAGUGGUGAUCGAUAUUGCACCAGCUUAUGCAAGAUCGGUUGAGUCGUUUCCUACUCCGGAAAAUGACAUAGACUACCAGCUCAACACCACAUCUCUGAAAGCCUCAUGGUAUGGGUUCGACAGACCGUACAAUUCCAUUAAAUAUCUUGCCGCAGUAGGGACGUCUCCAGGAAGCCAAGAUGUUGCUAGCUCAAGAGAAGUUACAGGCUCAUUUUACCAGUUCAAUGAUCUAGAACUGUCAGCGUAUAAGACUUACUACACGACGAUUUGGGCCAGUAAUGGAAAUGGUGAGAUAAGUGUAAGUUCUGAUGGCGUCAAGGUUCUCAGGGCAAAAGAAGUGAUUGCUGCCAAGGUGUAUGAUGGUCCAGGCACGUGUUCACCGAGAGUCAAUGAAUCAACCUGUGGUAGAGAUAUUGAUUACCAGGCUUCAGUUUCAUCUUUUUCUGCCCAUUGGUCAAUUCCCAACAAAGUGGCGCCGUAUAUAACCGUGGUGUUAUGGAAGAUAGAGCAACAGAAUGACGUCAUGGACUCAACUUUAUGGGUGACCUUUGAACCGUUCCUGAGACUACCAGUGACAAACUCAAUAGCUAAGGGUAACCUUGGUCUCGUCUCUGGAAAGCGGUAUCGGUCUGUGGUACGGCUGUGUCACGGGGAUAUCUGUUUCGAUGACAUCUACAGUGAUGGUGUCCUCGUCCUUGCAAAGCCACCUGCUGCAGGAUCUAUCCAUGUGCAGUACCAAGAACCUAAGACGAUAAAUGUGAUGUUUGAUAGAUUUGUAGACGUCGACAUUCCGGAGUUGUACACCGAUCUUUCCCGUUCUGUAAUUGACGUCUACGAAUGGACAGUGGCAGCGAGCAGGGCUCCUGGUCAACAUAUUGCGGACUGGAGAAAAAUAGAGGUUAACGUCACAGACAUAAAAAAGGCUGAAUUCGUUGCGGUCCUAGACCAAUCUCUAUCUUUCAAGACCUGCAACCGACUUGUCUUGCGUGGUUUCUCAAAGGCUGGGCUAAGCACAACAAUAUCGAAAGAUAUCAAGAACUGCAAUGAUAUCAAACCGCUAGCACCGGUAGUCAUAGAUGCAUAUGGCCAACCUGUCCUCGAGAAAGGUAAUAGUUUUGGUAGAUUCCUAGAUUUCCUCUGGAACUGA